AUGGGCAUGGCCAAUGGCACCUCUGGGACCGGCUUUGUCUUCCUGGGCUUCUCCAGCUUUGGGGAACUGCAGGCCCUGCUCUUUGUGCUGUUCCUCACCCUGUACCUUGUCACCUUGGCCAGCAACAUAUUCAUUAUUGUGGUCAUUAGGCUUGACAGCCACUUGCACACCCCCAUGUACCUCUUCCUGUCCUUCCUUUCCUUCUCGGAGACCUGCUACACCCUGGGCAUCGUCCCGAGGAUGCUGUUGGGGCUGGUGUCGGGAAGCCAGGCUAUCUCCUUCACUGGCUGCGUGGCCCAGAUGUUCUUCUCCGCCAGCUGGGCCUGCGCCGACUGCUUCCUGCUGGCCGCCAUGGGCUUUGACAGGUACGUGGCCAUCUGCGCACCCCUGCACUACUCCAGCCGCAUGGGUCCGGGCCUCUGUGCCCAGCUGGUGGGCAGCUCCUUCUUGGCCGGGAUCUUGUUCGGACUGAGCUUGACUCUGGUCAUCUUCCGCCUGCCCUUCUGCGGCUCCCACGCCAUCCAGCACUUCUUUUGCGACACGCCGCCGGUGCUGAGCCUGGCGUGUGGGGACACGGGCCCCAGUGAGCUGGCCGUGCUGCUGCUCAGCCUGCUGGUGCUGCUGGCCUCCUUCCUGCUUAUCGCCAUCUCCUACGCCUGCAUCCUGGCGGCCGUGCUGCGCAUGCCCUCGGUCGAGGGCAGGAAGAAGGCCUUCUCCACCUGCGCCUCGCACCUGACUGUGGUCAUUGUCCACUAUGGCUGCGCCUCCUUCAUGUACUUGAGGCCUCGAGCCAGCUACUCGCUGGAGCGAGACCAGCUCAUUGCGGUCACCUACACCGUGGUGACACCUCUCCUCAACCCCAUAGUGUACAGCCUGCGGAACCGGGCCGUUCAGGGGGCCCUGAGAACUGCUCUGCGAGGGGGGUUUCUGGGAAAAGGAUGA